AAAACCCACCCCACAGAAAACCCACCCCACCGCCUCUUGUAUAUCAUCAUCAAAUUCCGGCACACAGCUUCUCAAUAAUCAUUCAAGGUUUCCAAUUCUUCUUUUCUGUGUAAUUACUAUUCAGUCUCGAAAGUCCAGGCAUUUCUUUUCUGUUUUAUAUAUCCUCGCCAUUAUUUCACUGGGCAGAAGGGUUUCUAAGGUUUCAAGAACAAAAAAAAUCUGCAUUGGAGUAAAAGAAUGGGACAGAGAGCCUCAUGCAAGAGAUUUUCGGAAGUGUGCCCGCAGCGUGUUCGGAUUGUGGACAUGAGCGGUCAGGUGGAGGAAUUUUCGACAGCGGUGAAGGUAAAACAGGUCCUGCAAAAUCAUCCCCGGCAUUUUCUCUGCUUUUCCCGGGAUUUAUACGCCAUUAAGAACGGCCGCCUUCUUCCCGCAGAGGAGGAUCUCCGGCUGGGCGACAUUUACUUUGUGCUGCCCAUCUCGAUUCUCGAUUCGGACCUUUCCCCACAGAAUUUGGCCGCCCUAGCUGCCAGAUUGGUGGCUGCUGCCAAAAAAGAGGGCUCCAAGCAUGUGCAGGGAAGUCACGGGGAUUCGAACUUGGGUCAUUUGAGUGCAGGUAAUUGUCACCUGUCUGAGAAAUUGAUGAAGAGUUGCGACAAUUCGGAGUUGCAGAUGGCUUUUAAGGAGCAUUUGCUCGCUAAGUCCAGAUCAUGGCAGCCCCGCCUUCAUACUAUCCAGGAAACAGGGUUUGCUCGUUAAGCAUGCCUUUUCCUCUUUCUAUUGUGCAAAUUAUUUUUAAGAGGUCGAGUCUUGCUAAGCGAUCUUCCUCUGCAUUGAUUUUUGUUGUAUUUUAUCUGGUGUGGUGUAGUUGUGGUUAAUGGCAGGGUCGUGCCAUAUCUAUUUGUUGUCUUGGAUAAGGGUUUCUGAAUUUCUUGCUUAGGCCCUUUUUAAGACUCGUGCAAGAUGUACAUAGUGGAAAUGUUAUUGACGGGAUUGCUUUUCUCAA